AUGCGCCUAGCUAGGUGUCGGAAAAGGUGCAAAGUAGGAAAGAUGAGCCGCAGGCUGGCAUGCCUCACGGCAGGGGAGUUAGCUCGACCGUUUGAGUCGAUGGUGCAGCAGCAUUGGCAAGAUACCAGAAGUAGAAGUGGUUCUUCUUCUACUCUACAGGUGUAUUUCUCGCCUAGCGUCAUUCCCUCAUCGCGCAGCCUCACCUUCCCCUCGCUGCGCCACGCUUCCCUUUCCCCCCGUCGCCAUGGCGCCGUGCGGGCCGCGUUCGCCAGCGAAGCUGGCGUCGCAGCUGGUCGUCGCUGUAUGAUGAUCCCUCUCCUCUGCAGCCCAUCAGUGCGGCAGCAACACACCAGUAUGCCCAAUAGCCACGGCUCGCUGAGCUCCAAUGCCACAGCGCUGCUCCUUGCUUCCCGCAUCGCCUCCGCUAGCGGCUGGCGGGGUGGGGUGAGAGCACAUGGUGCAGGAGGGGCGCGGAAAGAAAGGCGUUAUGCGCAUGUGGUGCAAGCGGGGGGAGUGGGGUUUGGGGGGGGAAAGGCAGGAGCGCUGCUCCUUGCUUCCCGCAUCGCCUCUGCUAGUGGCUGUCGGGCCCCCCAGCACGUGUGCUAUGUGCUCUCACUCACACCCAUCACCUGCUCUCACCCCUCACCUGCUCUCACCCCCCUUCACCUGUUCUCACACCCCUUCACCUGCUCUCCACCUUCUCACCUGCAGCGUGGUGUGGUGUGGUGCAGCACAAAGCCGCGGAUGGCUGCAGCCCCAGCAGCAGGGGCGUCAUACGUGUGCUACCCACUCUCAUACCUGUCACCUGCUCUCCAUCCACCCGCUCACCUGCUCUCCAUCCACCCGCUCACCUGCUCUCCAUCCACCCUCUCACCUGCUCUCCAUCCACCCUCUCACCUGCUCUCCAUCCACCCGCUCACCUGCAGCGUGGUGUGA